AAAAUAUUAAGAAAAAAAAAUCCGUGCAGUGCAAUUAUGUCAAAGUGUCUAUCAAUGGAUUAUAAAGUGAAUUAAAAAAAAUAAUGAUGGAGCAAAGACAGAACUCGGUUUAUCCAAAUUUGUCGGAUAUUAUAACGUAUCAGCAAAACAUUGACAGGUUAAAUAUAGAUGAAGAGAAAUUCGCCGAAAAUUUCGCAGACAGCGAUCGAUUCGGCGUCGAUGUAUCGCCGACGUCGCCGACAUCGACACUGGAAGAAGAAGAUAGCAGCCAGUCCGCUUUCGGAGUAGAUUUGACGGGUAAAGCGACGAAUUUGGCUGGAAAAUCAUUCACAAUAGCCGCUAUUUUGGGCUUGACGAAUUCUGAUGAGGAUGUAAUGAAUUUGAGUGUACAAGAGAGAUUACAACAAAACCAGAGACAAUUGCAGAAUUAUCUGUACGCUGGGCACGAUAUGCAGAGGCUGAACGAUGGCUUCUGUAGGACAAUGGGAGUUCCGACGGCGUUGCGGCAAGAUAGUCCAAGACCGGAGCUCAGGCCUCAGGUGGCCCAGAUGAAGUCCAGGACUCACGCAGUCACAUGUACCAAUAAUUCUGGAAGAAGUAAACGCAUAAGAACGAUAUUCACGCCCGAACAGCUAGAACGGCUGGAGGCUGAAUUCGAACGGCAGCAAUACAUGGUCGGACCAGAGAGGCUGUACCUCGCGCAUGCGCUGCAAUUGACUGAGGCACAGGUUAAAGUCUGGUUUCAGAACCGUCGCAUUAAAUGGCGGAAACAUCACCUCGAAGUCACCCAGCAGAGGCUAGCCUUGAUGCAGAGGCACAGGACAGAUGACGCAAGCGAUGUGUAGAUAAUAAAAUUAACAGUAAAACAUUACCAAG